ACCACCGCCGCCGCCGCCGCCGCGCGGGAGUCGCUGUCCGCGGAGCCGAUAUGCAGGCGGCGCGGGGCGGCGCGGGGCGGCCGGGCCGGGAGGGCCGCGGGCUGGAGCGUGAGUGCGAGCGGUCACCGGGCCCAGGAGUCGCCAUGCCCCCAGGGCCGUGCGCCUGGCCGCCCCGCGCCGCGCUCCGCCUGUGGCUAGGCUGCGUCUGCUUCGCGCUGGUGCAGGCGGACAGCCCCUCGGCCCCUGUGAAUGUGACCGUCCGGCACCUCAAGGCCAACUCUGCCGUGGUCAGCUGGGAUGUCCUGGAGGAUGAAGUGGUCAUUGGCUUUGCCAUCUCUCAGCAGAAGAAGGACGUACGGAUGCUCCGUUUCAUUCAGGAGGUGAACACCACCACCCGGUCCUGCGCUCUCUGGGACCUGGAGGAGGACACAGAAUAUAUCGUCCAUGUGCAGGCCAUCUCCAUCCAGGGACAGAGCCCAGCCAGUGAGCCUGUGCUCUUCAAGACCCCACGCGAGGCUGAAAAGAUGGCCUCAAAGAACAAAGAUGAGGUGACCAUGAAGGAGAUGGGGAGGAACCAGCAGCUGCGAACGGGUGAGGUACUGAUCAUUGUUGUGGUCCUCUUCAUGUGGGCAGGUGUUAUAGCUCUCUUCUGCCGCCAGUAUGACAUCAUCAAGGACAACGAGCCCAAUAACAACAAGGAGAAAACCAAGAGCGCAUCAGAAACCAGCACACCGGAACAUCAGGGUGGGGGUCUCCUCCGCAGCAAGAUAUGAUGGUAACCUUUACAGUGCUUGCUCUGAGCAGCUCAGAAGACAGUAGAGAAUGCGAGAGGACCUCCUGUUCUGACGGUGAUUGUCCAACAUGCAUCUGGCCCGCUCUGCGGCUCCUCCCACCUCCAUCGUCUCCUAUCAUCGGGCUUACUCUCCUCUCUCUUGGCUUCUCUCUUUCUGAUAUCCAUUCCUGAAGCCUCUCACUAGCCCCUAACUCCAGGAGUACCUCAGCAAUGUCUGUGGCUGAGGCUACACCCAGAGACAGAGCUGCAGAAUGAGAGACCCAGCCGGAGGGAUGCCAUUGCUGCGGGGUAGACUGGGUGCCAAGGCUCUUGGCACAGGACUCACAUCUGGGCCACUCAGCUUGACCGAAGGCUGUGUGUGAAAGGGGAGAAAGACGAGACUUCGAGGCAGGGCUAUUCUUUUUAUUUCUUCGAGGGACAAGAGUCUGGCUUUUAGGCUGCAGCCCCGCUGUUCCUUUUCUCCUCUGUCCCAUUUCCUACCUUACAUGAAGUCCAUUCAACCGGCUCUGGACACUUCUCUUAUCUGUUCCCUUCUUGGUUUCCAAAGAAGCCCUCUGUGAACAUCAUCAAAGCAUGGGUACCCCCAUCUGCAAGGGAUGGGCUUCAUCUUCUGCUAGUCCCUGUGUCCUUCUUGGGCACGGGGUGAGAGCUGUAGAAGUGGUGGGGGUGCAGCUAGCCACAGUUUUUCCUUUUCCCUACCCUAGUCUGAAGGAGGAGGUUGAAUUACACACCCAAAUUCUGCACAAAAAAAAAAAAAAAAAA